AUGGAACACAAACAAACUACGCUAGACUCGUGGCUCACUAGGGGCCGACCGAAGCGACCAGAAGCUACGGCGACGACGACGUCCCGACGUGAAGCGCGAGAACCAGAGCCCCGCAAUUCGCGCUUCCAAGCACCGCGAGACAACCCAGCACAGCGAGAAGAGCUCGCGCGCGUGGCCCAUGAAACAAGGGAGGUGCUCCCGGGACUCCUAGCCCAGCUACCGGGUAUACAAGCUAAGAGGGGUGAAGUUGUGCAUCUACGGGGGCUGUCGAGCUUACGAAUAUCCGACUGUCCCAGAACCGGCGGGGCGUGUAUCAAGAUUGUCAACAUGGAUACGCUCGAUGCAGCGAUGCGGCUGAGGAGAGAGUUUCCUGGGCCCCGAUCGCGUGUUGCGGUGCUUAACAUGGCAAGCAACACUCACCCGGGCGGCGGAUGGCGCACAGGUGCCAUGGCACAGGAGGAGUCCAUCUGCUACAGAAGCUCUCUGUACAUGUCACUGCACCGGCGGCAUUAUCCCUGGAGCCAGCGCAUGGGAAUCUACACGGGGGACGUGGUGGUGAUACGGUCCAGCAUGAGAUCGGGGCACAAACUGCUCGUGCCUGACUGUGCGGUCGACGACCUUCCCAUUGUCAGCGUGCUGAGUAUCGCGGCUCUGAGGUGCCCCGCGACGAGAAGCGUCACGCCCCCAGUAUCGAAGAUUGGCGACGACAGCUCUGCACAGCAUCAGCAGAGGACGGUAUAUGCCAAUUAUAAGGAUCGCGACCUGACAGUGGACAAGAUGAGGCUGUGCUUGCGCAUGGCAGCGUCGCACGGUCAUACGCAGCUCGUUCUAGGGGCUCUAGGGUGCGGCGCAUUCAGGAAUCCGCCCCGCGAGAUUGCCGAGUGUUGGCUAGAGGUCCUCACCGAGCUCGAGUUCCAGGGAGGAUGGUGGGAUCAAGUGUGGUUUGCCGUGUAUGAUGCUAAGAAUGAGGGGAAUUUUGAGCUGUUCGAAGAGGUCCUAGGCAAUGUACAGGUGUAG